CACAAAAACACUCUUUGACUCGCAAAUUAUAAUGGCUUCCCAAGCACUCAGCCGCGCGGAAAUAGCCACCAACCGUUUCGCCGUUCUCGCCACCUAUCGCCAUCUUCUUCGCGCGACGAAAAUAGCCUUUUCAGAAGACGACAUCAUGCUCCGCACCUCCCGCGCCUUCGCUCGCAGCGAAUUCCGCACCGGCGCCAAACUGAUCCCCAACGGUCCCGAAGCUGCGCAAGGCGUCGAACAUGCGCAGGGCGUGGCGCAGAUUUUGCGAGAGAAUGUCGUGCAAGGGGUGAAGGUCGGGGAGGUGGGCGAGAAGUAUAAGUUGAAUAUACAUGAACAUACGCAGAGGUUGGAUAAUGAUACGGCGGGGAAAUUGAAGGGGACGACGAAGAGUUUUAAGGAGGUUAAGAGUGAGAGUUUACUAUGAGAGGGGGAGAGAGAGAGAGAGAGAGAGAGAGAGAGAGAGAGAGAGAGAGAGAGAAAGAGAGAG